AUGACGUCUUCAAGUUCAAAAGGAAAACGAAAAGAAUGGAACACAGAUCACAUGACAGAAGCUAUACGAAUGGUUAGAGAGAAAAAAAUGGGUUAUUUUAAAGCAGCAAAACACUUUGAUGUACCAAGAACCACUUUGUUUCGAUUAUGUCAGAAAAAUGAGCUAUCUCCAGAAGAAGCUGCAGCCACUAAAUUAGGAAGAAAAUCUGUUUUAGGUGAUCAGCUCGAAAAUCUACUAGUAGAAUAUAUUUUAAAGAUGGAGAGCAAGUUUCAUGGUUUGACGAGGAAUGAUGUUCGUAGAAUGGCGUAUAUGUUGGCCAAACGCAAUAAUUUGGAGAAUCCGUUUGGUGAGUCCGGAACGGCUGGAAAAAAAUGGCUAAAGCUAUUUUUAAAUCGUCAUAAGCAAAAACUUUCGAUGAGAAGACCCACUGGCACGUCUUUUGCAAGAGCUUUUGGUUUCAGUAAAGAAAAAGUAGACGCUUUUUUUGAUCUUCUUGAAGAAGUCUACACUAAGGGCCUUUGGCCAUUGAAUAAAAACAUAUUCAGCGAGAUCGACUACCUUGCUGCCCAACAAGAUGCAGUAAAAGAUGGUUGCACAAUCAAUGCCACUCCAACAAAAUCAAGCUCCCAGUCGAAAGAAUCAUCAACAAACGAUGCAAGACCACCUGAUAAUAGAUUGAUUUUAACUGAAACUUCUGUCACACCAAGACAAGACACAGAAUUCGAUCCAGAACCCUCAACUUCCAGGCUUUCUCGCAGUACUCUAAGUCGCCCUAUGACAUCGGCCCAGUGCCAGAUAAAAAAAGAAAGAUUUCUAAUAGAGGAAGAAAAACAACUAUUGCUGAAAUAA